CUGAGUCGAAAAAAGUUGAUGGUCCUGAACGAGAAGUGCCUGGUGGAACUGCAUUUGGCAACACUGUCUGUAACAGCUGAUCAGCUGACUGAGGUGCUCCAGCUGGCACCUAACCUCAAACUGCUCAGGCACUAUCAGCUAGUAUCUGCUCUCUACAAGCUGCACAGCGAAACCUGGAAAUCUGGAGGCUCUUUGUCUAAGUACAAACUGGCCAAUCUGGACGCCGACUUCUCUCACGUAGUAAGAUGCCGCAUGUCUCCACAAGCCGUGCUGCCCGGAGACGCUAUGAGACUCGCCACCCUGCUGUGUCCGGACGUGUCCUCAGUGCGGGUCCGCAUCGACUGCUCGACCCCGCACGACAUCCUCAACCCCCUCACCACUAUCAGGAAGUUGAAGGAGCUCAGUGUCGUCUGUGUCACCAGUGGAGAGAGGUGCAACCUGGACUUCUCUGACAUCAGUCCCGUCCUAGAGGCACAUGGGGAGACUUCACUCGUCUCUCUCGAGCUGAAGGUGAUAGAGGAGGUGGAGAGCCACCAGGUGGUUUCACUGUGCCCACAGUUGGAAACCCUGGUGCUCAGCGGCUGCGGCUAUGUCUGCCCCUCUACCUGUGGUAGCUUCAUGUGUGCCAACAAGCCCUCCUAUUUGAGACGCCUACGCCUGCUCUUCUAUGCGGACGGGGACGACUUCAGUUGGACCCACAACGUCCCGCAGUGCUUCUGGAAGGCUGUCCUUUCAACGAAUUCGUCCAAGAAGUCCCGGCUGAUGGGCAUCUUCCUAGAGUCGCCCCGGAUGACAGAGACCACAGCUCUGGAGCUCUGGCCGAGCUCUCGCACCGCGCUGUAUCCCGAGCUCGGAGUGGCCAGCUUCUUCCGGUACAGCGAGCUCACCCUCGACAACAUCAAGAACCUCACAUCCCGAGCUCCUCUCCGGUAUCUGAGAGCUUCUGACUGUGAGAGGAUACACCCAAAGAGACUCAGGCAGAUGUGUUCUGCUCCAGAUCUUGUUAUCUGUACUUCUUAAUAAUAAAUUUGUAUGAAUACAU